AUGAAGUUUAUGACUCAAGAUUGGAUGUUUUCUUUAGCAAUACUAAUACUAGGACUAAUGUCUAGUAUACCACGUUCAUCAGCGAUUUCUGAAAAUAAUAAAAACAACGUUAAAACAACUGUUUUUUAUUCACCUAAAAUCGAACUAAGUCCAGGAUUUAUUUCAAACAAAAUAUAUUAUGAUGUUGAUUUUCCAAGAGGUCACAUUGCACUCAAAAGUUUUCAUGCCGAAUUAGUUGAUGAACUAGGAAACUCUGUACCUCUCCAAGAAACAUAUCUUCACCAUUGGGUUGUUGAAAAAUACCAACAACCUAAGAAUGUACCAAACAAUUUCCAAAUAGAUAAUAUUAUCUUGGUAAGAAAUAGUGGAUUAUGUCAAGGUGAUGUUCUAGGACAAUACUAUGGUCUUGGAGCUGAAACAAGAGGCACAAAAACAUAUAUUCCUGACCCUUAUGGAGUAGAAAUUGGUAAUCCAGAAGAAGUUCCACAAGGGUAUGAGGAAAAAUGGUUGAUCAAUGUUCAUGCAAUUGAUACGAGGGGUGUAAAAGAUAGAAUGGGGUGCAUUGAAUGUAAAUGUGAUUUGUAUAAUGUUACAAUAAAUGCUUUAGAUGGAAAGCCUUUGGAUCCAAGUUAUAAAGGAGGUUUAGGAUGUUGUCCUGAUAAUGGUCAAUGCAAAAUGAAGAAAGGUUUUAUGGGUCCAAAACAUGUCAUAUAUUUAAAAUACACAAUUAUGUGGAUUAAUUGGAAUGAUUUUGUGGUGCCUGUUAAGAUUUAUAUACUUGAUGUGACUGAUAGUUGGAAAAAAUCAUAUGAAACCAAUGGAAUGAUGAGCAUAGAGCAUAAUUGCCAGGUUGAAUAUCUAGUUGAAGCUUGCAGCAAAGGUCAUGAUUGUGUUGAUGUUAGGAGAGCAAGUGUUCCUAUAAAAAAUGGUGGUUAUAUUAUCUAUAGCAUUGGUCAUCAACAUGUAGGUGCUAUUAGAUCAACUCUACGUGGUCAGGAUGGGAGGGUUAUAUGCAAUUCAUAUCCAAAAUAUGGAACCGGAAAGGAAGCAGGAAAUGAAAAAGGGUAUGUUGUAGCAAUGUCAGCUUGUUACCCUAAACCAGGUUCAAUCAAGUUAUUUGAUGGUGAAAUUUUAACAAUAGAAACUAUCUACAACAACAGCAUGAUGCAUACUGGAGUAAUGGGACAUUUCUAUUUCUUGGUGGCAGAAAAACUACCACACCACAAUGUUUAA